GCCUAUGUCAGGAAGCUGGGCUGCAAUGUGGGUGAGAGGCAGGCCUGUCGCAUGUGUCCUGGGAUGCCACAAGCCCAAAGCUAGCCCUGGAGCAGAGAGCACUGUCCUUUCUCUAGCGGGGGGCUCACCUGGCUCCCGGGCGGGGACCUCCAUCUGCAGCAAGGCAGCCAUCGCGGGAGCACCCAGCCUUGGGUGCAUCUUUCGCUCCUGAGUCUUCAGCGUGGAGCCCAAGGGAGAAAUCCCAGGACAGCAGUGACUACCGAGCAGUCCGAGACACGCAGGAGCAAACCUGGAGAUGAGACCUGGAGAAAGCUGGAGCCACGCUGACCUCGGGCGCUGCGAAGGAGCCGACUCUGUCCCAGAAAACCCCGCCAUCGACGUGGACAAGGACGAUGGGGCUCUUCAGGUCUGCCGUGUCUGUGGAGACAAGGCCAAUGGCUACCACUUCAACGUCAUGACAUGUGAAGGGUGCAAGGGCUUUUUCAGGCGGGCCAUGAAACGUAACGUCCGGCUGAGGUGUCCCUUCCGCAAGGGCACCUGCGAGAUCACCCGGAAGACCAGGCGACAGUGCCAGGCCUGCCGCUUGCGCAAGUGCCUGGAGAGUGGCAUGAAGAAGGAGAUGAUCAUGUCCGACGCGGCGGUGGAACAGAGGCGGGCCUUGAUCAAGAGGAAGAAGAGGGAGAGGAUCGAGGCUCAGCCCCCCGGGGUGCAGGGCCUGACGGAGGAGCAGCAGGAGCUGAUCCGGGUGCUGAUGGACGCCCAGAUGAAGACCUUUGACACCACCUUCUCCCAUUUCAAGGAUUUCCGGCUGCCAGCGGUACUUAGUGGUGGCUGUGAGAUCCCAGAGUUUCUGCAAGCCUCACUGAUGGACGACCCCGCCACGUGGAGCCGGAUUAAGGAAGACCUGAGUCCUCUGAAGAUAUCUCUGCAGCUGCGGGGCGAAGAUGGCAGCGUCUGGAACUACAAGCCCCCAGCCAAAAACGAUGGGAAAGAGAUCAUUCCCCUGCUGCCCCACCUGGCCGAUGUGUCAACCUACAUGUUUAAGGGGGUCAUCAACUUUGCCAAGGUCAUCUCCUAUUUCAGGGACCUGCCCAUUGAAGACCAGAUCUCCCUGCUAAAAGGGGCUACCUUUGAGAUGUGCAUCCUGAGGUUCAAUACCAUGUUCAACACCGAGACUGGGACCUGGGAGUGCGGAAGACUGGCCUACUGCUUCGAAGACCCUGAAGGUGGUGUGCAGAAACUGCUCCUGGAUCCUUUGAUGAAAUUCCACUACAUGCUAAAGAAACUACAGCUUCACAAAGAGGAAUACGUGCUGAUGCAGGCCAUGUCCCUCUUCUCUCCAGACCGCCCUGGCGUGGUGCAGCGCGGCGUCGUGGACCAGCUGCAGGAGCGAGUGGCCCUCACCUUGAAGGCCUACAUUGAGUGCAGCCGGCCCUAUCCUGCCCACCGGUUCUUGUUCCUGAAGAUCAUGGCCGUCCUCACGGAGCUGCGCAGCAUCAACGCCCAGCACACCCAGCGGCUGCUGCGCAUCCAAGACACGCACCCAUUUGCCACCCCGCUCAUGCGGGAGUUAUUCAGCAGCACCGACGGCUGAGCCGCUGCCCCUGGGUGGAGCCUCUGCGGGACAGAGACUCAGAGCUCUCGGAACUGCUGCUUCUGGGGCUAAGCAGAUGGACACACCCCGUGAUGUGACUACAGCUGGCUAGUAUUCUAGGCAGGGGACACAGGUGUACCCGGACCCCAGUGCAGUCUGUACAGAGUUCUGGCCUGUAGGUUAAUGCCGAUCCGAGAUAUAAAGCUGCUUUUCCCCUGAAAAGGCCCAGUGGUUGGGAAUAUCCACCCCCCUCCCCAAAUUCCAAUUCCCACCAGGAGGGAAAGGAGUGAUCAGGGUAGACCAGUUGAGGGUCUACACCCCCUCUCCACUCAUUCCCACCCCCACACCCCAGCCUCCUCCUGAGCUGCUUGUGCCUGAUCUGUGGGUGCAGUACAGUCUUCUGGAGAAGCUGGGUGGCCCGCAUCUAGUACCAGAAGCUUGUCGGGACCCCGUCCAAGGCUCAUGAUUGGGGAUCCCUGUAUCUGGUCACAAUGUCAAGCGCUGACAAUAUGCAACCUGCUGGACCCCAAGGUGUUGAUAAUGAAGGACAAGCUGAAAAAGCUGUCGUUAACCAGCAUCUGUUAUCACAGCUGACCUGGACUCCAAGUGACAUGUGACAUAAGGCCAAGAAACACCGCAUGGAUGCUGAGCUGCCCGGGGGAUCUGUGGGUAUUGAGGACCCCAAGUGAGGUUUCCCAGGACAUGUGCUCGUGGGAGGGAGGGUACCCGUGUAGAUGGGUUUGUUCCCAGCUGACUGGGGCCUGGGUUUGUGGCAGGGUUGUGGUGACAUUUAAUAAAUGUGCUAAGAGCAGA